AUGGGUUUGGAAUUUGCUAAAGGAGGUGAAAGUCAUAGAUAUAGAGCGUUUCGCGGUCUACUGAAACAUCGUUCCACUUCAGAACGCAAGAAGGACAAAUUAGUAGGUAAGUCGCACCCGGCAAAAAGUAAAUCCUUUUGGAAGAAUUGGUCAAAGAAAGAUGCGGGAGAUAAUCCAAGUACUGAGGCUGGACUGAAAGUCAUAUAUGGCGUGGAGCUUUCAUUGGCCACGGCGCUGGUAUUUUGUUUUGCCAUGACAAUUCUGCUGAUGAUCAUACGCGAGAUUGGACUUACAACACGACACUGUGUUAAGUGGGAUUUCUGGACACUUGUAGCUACAGGCAAAAGAAAUUCAGUUGUAAAGCUAGGUCGCCAUCUGUCUCGUAAAGUAUGGCAAGCAAGGUAG